AUGCCCGGAGAGGGGGACGGGUACAUCAAGGCUGGCUCUAUGAAAAGGGGGCACUUUGUUGACCAGGAGGUCGAGGAGAUUGAUAAAGCCAGACUGGACGCCACUUUCGGCGAGCUGGCUGCCUCCGUCAAGGAAGCAAAGUGGACGGCCGACGGCUCAACUUUGACCGCGCCCGGCGGCUUUAAGAUGAAAUGCUACACCGAGGUGGAGGAGGAAGAGGACUACCUCAUCGCAAUACAGACGCCGGGACACUCCCUGGUAGUCGGAAACCUCGGCUGCCACCCAUUCGUGGAGCUGGAGUGGAUGUGGUUUGGGAAUUCGGACGGCUCCACAACCCACAAAGUACCGGAGAAAACACUCGUCAAGAAUGCAGUGAGGCUGUGCAAGAAAGCUAUCGCUGAUGCGCAAACCUUCAUGUUUGACCAGGAGCACUGA